UCAGAAAUUCCCGACUUUAUUGAUCGGGCACACAAGGAGUCAAGCUCACACGCAGAAAUAAGAGAGACAAUGACCAAAUUCAAAGAGAUCUGCGCAGCACAGGACCCAAGAGAUAUUUCUGAAAACUUGCGACGAACGAAGAAGACGCUUGGGGACGAUAGGGAGUAAAGAGUCUCAAAAUGCAAUGGGCAAGAAGUCAGACUUUAAGCCCAAAGCCCCAAUGGUCAUGGAGGGAUCUCCAGCCAGCGCUGCAACAGCCGGAGACAGCAUAUCUUCAAGAACUGAACCCGUUAAUCGAAACAUUCUUACAAAGCAGCUCCAAAGAAUCAAGCAAAACCUUUUGGAAUGCAAGACAUCAAACCAUGCUACACGUCGAGACUCUCGGGGCGAGAAACCAGGCACCACAAAAGAUGUCCAUAACUCUGGCGCCUGCACACGCAAUCGUACCCAUCAUCCGAGGACUGAUCACCCGGGGGCAGCCAGGAGGGUGGCGCUUAGUAGGAUACAAAAACAUCGAGCAAUUCAUCCCCAUGAGAUUGGCAAGAGACCUCGAAGAUGAAACCCACACGGCAACCUUCUUUGCAGUGAACGGCUGUACAUUGAACGGAACAUGCGCACGGGCUGAAUGUCAAACAAAGGGAAGAAUGAUUCCGCUGUACGACAGACGUCAGGAAAACAAAGAACCAAAGAUCCUCUUCUUCUGCAAAAGCUGUCAAUUAUUCACUUCCAUCAAACCACCGGACCGCUGGAGCCAGGAGAGAUUCAGGUCUGGAUCCAAAGAUUAUCCAACCGCAAGGCAGCAGGCAUGGAUUUGAUCUCAAAUGAGAUCCUGAAAGCUCUACCAAAAAAUGAGCUCUGUCACGUCCUGGAGAACCAACGACCUAUAUGCGUCCUCUCCUCGGUGACGCGGAUCUUCCAGGCGGUCAUAGCGCACAGACUCGCGAAAGCAGC